CCUGGGCCCCGCCAGCCGCCUCCGGGGCCGCCCCCCGCAGCCGCCCGCGCCGCGGACCCGGCCAACAGGAUCAUGUGGUAUGUCAGCACUAGGGGGAUGGCCCCACGGGUCGACUUUGAAGGGGCCCUCUUCUCUGGCUAUGCUCCCGAUGGCGGUCUCUUCAUGCCCGAGGAGCUCCCACAGUUGGGCAUAGAGACCCUGCGUCAGUGGAGUUCGCUCUCCUACCCCAGUCUGGUAAAGGAGCUGUGCACCCUCUUCAUUGGUCCUGAGCUCAUUCCACGAGAUGUCUUAAACGAUCUGAUCGACCGAGCCUUCCACAGAUUCCGCCACAGAGAGGUGGUCCAUCUGUCCAGACUGAGGAACGGGCUGAACGUGUUGGAGCUGUGGCAUGGGGUCACAUACGCAUUUAAGGACUUGGCCCUGGGCUGCACAGCACAGUUCCUGCAGUACUUUCUGGAGAAGAAGGAGAAGCACGUCACCGUGGUUGUAGGAACAUCUGGGGACACAGGAAGUGCUGCCAUUGAGAGUGUUCAAGGAGCAAAGAACGUGGACAUCAUCGUUCUGCUGCCCCAGGGUCACUGCACGAAGAUCCAAGAGCUCCAGAUGACCACGGUGCUGAGGGAGAACGUCCAUGUGUUCAGAGUGGAGGGCAACAGCGAUGAGCUGGAUGAGCCAAUCAAGGCUGUGUUUGCUGACGUGGCUUUUGUCAAGAAGCACAAUCUGAUGAGUCUGAAUUCCAUCAACUGGUCCCGGGUCCUCGUGCAAAUGGCCCACCACUUCUUCGCUUAUUUCCAGUGCGCGCCAUCCUUGGACACCCACCCCCUGCCCCCCGUGGAGGUGGUUGUGCCAACAGGGGCUGCCGGUAACCUUGCAGCUGGGUGCCUUGCUCAGAAGAUGGGCCUGCCCAUCCGCCUGGUCGUGGCUGUGAACCACAAUGACAUCAUCCACAGGACCGUGCAGCGGGGAGACUUCUCUCUGUCCAAGGCCGUUGAACUGACCUUGGCUUCAGCUAUGGACAUUCAGGUGCCCUACAACAUGGAGAGGAUCUUCUGGCUGCUGUCGGGCUCUGACAGCCAGGGAACGAGAGCUCUCAUGGAGCAGUUUGAAAGGACCCAAAGCACGAGUCUACCCAAGGAACUGCAUGACAAGCUUUCAGAGGCCAUGACAUCUGAGUCAGUGUCGGAUGAGGCCAUCACCCGGACCAUGAGUCGAUGUUGGGAAGAGAACCAGUACCUGCUGUGCCCUCACUCGGCUGUGGCCGUGAGUUACCAUUACCAGCAGACUGACCGGCAGCAGCCCAGCCUUCCCCGGUGCUGUCUGGCCCCCGCCUCUGCAGCCAAGUUCCCAGAAGCUGUCCUGGCUGCCGGGCUGACCCCAGAGACCCCCACGGAGAUCCUGGCCCUGGAGUUCAAGGAGACGCGCUGCACCCCGAUGCGGAAGGGUGACGACUGGACGCUAAUGCUUCGGAACACCAUUGAGGGCCUGAGCUGGCAGCAGAGGGCUCAUUCCUGAGUGCUCCGGAAUAGCCAGGCUGGAUUUGAUUUGAGUCAAGUUGCUCUGUUGCACUUGUAUCAGAGUCCCCUGUUUUGUGAAG